AAAAUGCCUUUUUGUCGCACACACACACUUUUCUGCAGCCUAAUACCACCCCCUGCUCACUCCAGCUCCCUCCUCCUCCUCCUCCAACAGGGACCAAGGAGGUUUUCAGCACUUUCCACGGCAGCUCAUAAUGGACAGUACCACAAAGGCUCUGUGAUCCCUCGCAUUUCUCUGACGCUUGACAGAAAGCACAGCUGACAGCCAAUCUCGCUCAGGAGCUUCACCCAGAGCGAAGCAAAAGAAGAGAGGAGAGGGCGCUUUGUGGAUUAUUAGCAGACAAAGAGGGUCAUUGAAACCCGAAUUGCUGUUUUAAACACAGAUUUAGGUGCUCUAAAGCAGACUCAGCAAAAUGGAAGAAGACAUGGAUGAGGGGCAGAACACGAAAGGUUGCCUGGAGUGCUGCAUCAAAUGCCUGGGGGGGAUCCCGUACCCGUCCCUCGUAGCCACGAUCCUCCUGUAUGCAGGCGUGGCCCUCUUCUGCGGCUGCGGGCAUGAAGCCCUGUCCGGCACCGUCACCAUCCUCCAGAACUACUUUGAGGUGGUGAGGAGCCCUGUGGACGCUCUGGACAUCUUCACCAUGAUUGAUAUCAUCAAGUAUGUGAUCUACGGCAUCGCCUCUGCCUUCUUCGUCUAUGGAAUCCUGCUGAUGGUGGAGGGUUUCUUCACCAGUGGAGCCAUCAAAGACCUUUACGGAGACUUCAAGAUCACCACCUGCGGACGCUGUGUCAGCGCUUGGUUCAUCAUGCUGACCUACAUCUUCAUGCUGGCUUGGCUCGGGGUCACAGCUUUCACCUCCAUCCCAGUCUUUCUUUACUUCAACAUCUGGAAUAUUUGCCAGAACGCAACAGUCCUGGAUGGGACGGACCUGUGCUUGGAUCCACGGCAAUACGGUAUUGUGCCGAUCGCUGAGACGAAGACUGUUUGUGCUGGAUCAGAAAAGUUCUACAAAAUGUGUGAAUCCAACGAGCUGGACAUGACGUUCCACCUCUUCAUCUGCGCUCUGGCUGGAGCUGGAGCUGCUGUCAUCGCAAUGAUCCAUUACCUGAUGGUGCUGUCUGCCAACUGGGCCUACGUGAAGGACGCCUGCCGGAUGCAGAAGUACGAGGACAUCAAGUCGAAGGAGGAGCAGGAGCUCCACGACAUCCACUCCACGCGCUCCAAGGAGCGCCUCAACGCCUACACAUAGACGGCAGCGUGAGGCCUGGCCCCGCCUCCCUCCCUCCUCUCUCCCCCUGCUUUCUCUCCUCUCUACCGUCCCCUCCCGAGGGGAGAGCGGAUGGCGCCUAGGGCCCUCGCCGCCGCUGAUGUCACUGGUGCGUCUCAUGACAAUGUGGUCUGAGGAGGAACGUCACACUCAGCUCCUCGGCCACAAACAGCAUUUUAAAUUAAAAGCCCCUUUACCUCUCUCAUGGAUGGAGUCACGUUCUCAUUAUGGCAGUUGUAUUAUUCUUGAGUACCAGUGGUUUAGUGCAGGUGAGUAGUUUUAGUGUAGUCCAUAGAAACACAAGUAGCACUUCUAUUUUUUUUAUUUCACACAUUUCUGUACAAAUCUUUUUUAUUGGUUACCCUUUUUUUCAUUCACAAUUUUUUUUAUUUUUUGCCAAUUUCUGAGAAGGUCAACAGGGGCUUCAAGGGUUUGUAAGCACAUAGCUCGCAGGCGUGUCUGCAGAUGUUGGUGUUCUGAAUGUGAGUGAGUGGUUAUUUUUAAAAAAAAUUCAUCUGGCAGAAUCAAUACUGCUUCCAUGUUUACAGCAGUGGACUUACACGGUUUCUCACGUGGUGAGAAACCGGCUCUGAACAGAGCAAACACACCCAUGAAGGAUUCACACAUGGGCUGACCAAUCAGACACAAAUUAUGGCUUUGUAUGUGAUAAUCUUGAACUUUAAAAGUACGUCUAGAACUGUGAACGACAUUUAUCUUGAGCCGGGAAAUAUUUUGAUGUCCAUCCAGAACCACGGGUCUGUGGGGGCUCCUGGGUGGGGAGAGGAGGCAUGACUGAAGUGUGUCGCAGUAUUUUUCCUUCAUGACAGUAACUGUGUUGCCUGCACAUCCUGAUGCGUUCAUAUGGGGUCUGUCACUUCAUUGCCUGGUGAUGUUUUUCUUUUUUUUGUUCUGGGAUCUCAAAGCUACUUUCUUGCACUUUUUGGACCAUUUCUGUGCUCUCUCUUGGUGUAAGCGCAUUGGUGUUCAACUCAAAGUUGGAUAACUGUACUGUUAGUAAAGACUGUGAAUUUUUCGAUGUUUUUCGUGGCAUGGACGUGUAUCGGUAUAAUCUUUUUGACUCAAAAUCUUCUCUGGUUCUUCAUUUUUUCACGUCUCGCUGGAGCAGCCCUUUGUUUAAAUGUGCAGUUCUGAACCUGAUAUUAGCGGCAGCUUUCCUGUAGUCUUUCAGUUGUGUCCUUUCAGUUUGUUAUGAGUGUGUUCCAACUACUACGACUCUGUAAUGAUCAGAAAAAUGCUGUCAGCACUCUCCCUGUAUUAGUCUUUUGUACUUUCUCUACGAUGCUUAGUAGCAGGCUUUAAAUCAAAUCUGUUUUGUAUUUUCAUGUGCCAGCAGCUUGAAGUGGCUUAUCUGACCUGUAUGAUCAAAUUUGCUUGCAAAAUAAAAUCACUUGUGUACUUGUUAACAAG